UUUUCUCUCUCUACUUUCCACGUAUUUCUUUCACCACACACACACACACACGCACAAAUCUCAUACAUACAUUACAAUUACAUACACACUGCCGUUUAUAUAUUAAUGACUUUCAACAUACUCUGCAAUCUGAAUACAGCCUCCUCUUUUCGCCUCUUUCUCUAGGAUUCCUCACUGCUGAAAGGGCACCGUCGAUCACGUAAUUUGUAUCCUUCUGGUCCCAUGCAAAUAAAUUUUAUUUGGUCAUCAAUGUGAAAGGAAAUCGAUCACAAUUAUCACCUUUUAUACCUAUCUGUAAAGGAGAAUGGGGGCUGCUUGCUGUGUUAUUGCUAAGGACAGAACUAUUACAGAUGGAUCACCUGGUGACUCUUUGCAGAGGCAUAUCCGCUAUUCUCCAAACUGGAGCUUUCGAUGGGAUAAUCGUGGGAGGGUAGCUGGGGAAGAGACACAUGGGAAUUGGCCCCAUGAUCGUGGUUGUCCCGAUGAUAGAAUUGAAGUCAAAUCUGGUACUACGGUUGAAACUGCAUUUGCUUCUGAGGAGGGUAGUCCAAUUGAUAGUUUCCGAUCGGUUGUGUGGCAAAAGUCCCCAAUAUCUGAAGGAAAUGAUGGAAUUUUAAGACUUCCGUCAUCUGAUCAAGCUACGCCACAGAAUAUUGUAGAGGUGAAGGAGUCAACAGACUCAUUAUCUGUAUCAUACCCAUCACCAACAAAGCUAUCCCCUUCAGUGCCUUCUGUUUCAUCAAUGUCAGCAUCUCCUGUGUCCUACCAGAGCCACCUGCCUCCUCCGAGCUCGACUCCUUCAAGACGGCAUCAUCGAUCUCCGGGAUGUCGGUUAUUACGGCAAGUAUCUGAUAGUAGAGUUCCUGAGUACAAGUCGCCCACAUUCUCAAUAUCUGAAGAGCCAUCUAUAUUUAUGCCCCCUGGUUGGGGCAACGGAUCAUCUAGGGGUUCUAAUGGCGGUUCUUCAGAUAGUUGGUCAGUCCCUGCCUUCUCUGAGCUCAUGAGUACUCGCAGGGAGAGGUGGUCUUUUGAUAGCGAAAUAUCAGGCUUCAGCCGAGAUAAAAUUUCCAGAACAAGUGGUCGUGAUUCAGGAUCUUCUUGUUCUGAUCUUCAAACUUGUGGAAUUUGUACGAAGCUUUGUACCCAGAGAUCUUCGUGGGGAUGGAGCAAUCAAACGAUGGUAUCCACCAAUGAACUUUCUGUGGUUUCUGUUUUAAAUUGUGGACAUGUUUACCAUGCUGAAUGCUUGGAAUCUAUGACUCCUGAGAUUAACAAGUAUGACCCAGCUUGUCCGGUUUGUACUUUUGGGGAAAAAAGGGUCUUGAAGAUGUCGGAAAAGGCUUUGAGAGCCGAACUGGAUUCAAAAGCAAGAAAACGCUCUAGGAAACGCGUUGUUGACAGUGAUCUGAGUAGUGAAAUUAUGUUUGGUCGUCAUAAAAGUGGUGGACUUGAUGGAAGGGGUCCGAAGAUGAGCUCAAGUUCUAGCAUGAAGAGCUCAGCUGGAAAGCCUUUCUUGAAACGGCAUUUCUCAUUCGGCUCCAAAAUAAGUAGAUCGAUGUCUGCAAAUCAAUCUGCACCUAGGAGGGGCUUUUUCUGGACAAGACCUAGCAAGGGCUGAGCUUCAUCAUGGAUUUCCAAUCAAAUUCUCCAUUGGACAGUGAGUAAGAAGAUAUUGGGAUAGAAAGUGAUUGGGCAUCUUCAUCAACAUAGGAUAGCUUCUGCAGACAGUGUAAAGAAGGUCGUAAAAUACUAAGUGAAGUUUCCAAUUCAUCGUGAUAUAGAAAAAGGAGAUUCUUAUGAAAAUGGAUCAUAUGUUUGUUUGCUAUUUUCGUCAUAUAAUUUUAAUAUGUUUUUGUUUUUC